AUAUCAGGGCUAGCAGAGAGAGCUCCUCCAGCAGUCCUACCUUUGUCAACAUUUAGCUAAGGAGGCCGGAAAGCAGACAGGAUGGACUCCUGGGUUCGGUUCAACUCCCAGAGUCAGGCCAAAGAGAAAGUUUUCAGAGCUGCUCAGUACUCCUGCAUGCUGUUGGGCUCCACUCUGACCAAAAGCAGGGCUGCCUCUGACCUCCAAAGGAUAGUCAGUGACCUGGAAGCUCACAUGAGCCUCACUAGAAAGCUGCUGCGUCUGGGGAACUCCGUGGAGGCUCUGCAGGCGGCUAAGAGAGCCAUCCACCUUUCUGACGGUGUGCUGAGGCUCUGCAUCACCAUCGCCCACCUCAACAGGGCCAUGUACUUCGCCUGUGACAACGUGCUGUGGGCAGGAAAAACAGGCAUCAUCUCCAAACUGGAUCAUCACAAAUGGAGUCAGAGGUCUUUCAGGUAUUACCUAUUUGCUCUGAUCCUCAAUGUCACUCGAAAUGUGUAUGAGGUCUGCCUUCUCCUGGACGGCGAGGAUCGCUGCAGAAGCACCAAAUUGUCCUCCAGUCCCAGCGAUGUCCUUCCUGAUGACCGCCUCUCAUCGUCAUCGGCCGUUCCAGCCACUUCUCCUCCUGCUCUGAUGUUUGCACGGCUUCGCAGACUUAUGGGUCAAGUGGGAGCUGUCCUGUACAACAACCCGCCUCUCCUGUUGGACCUGCUGAAGAACAGCUGUGAUAUUUUCAUUCCGCUGGACAAGCUGGGGCUUUAUCGGACAGGCCCGGCCUUUGUGGGGACUUGUGGGUUGCUUUCAUCGGUCCUCUCCAUCGUCACCAUGCUCCACCCAUGGCUGAAACUGAAACCAUAAAGCCUGAUUAACAGAAAACGGGUUCUGCUGUUACAGUUGCAUACUAUGGUAUGAUAGCCCACCUUAGGUUGGAUAGAACCAAAUAUAAAUCCCAUCACUGCAUCCAUCAGAGGGUAAUUACCUAAAAAAUGGCGCUAAAACUGUGAGCACAUUCUUAUACAGAUUCAUAUGGUUAUUUUUUUUUAUUCUACAUUUUCUUUAACUCUAGACCAAAAAUCUAAAAGAUAUUUAAAAUUUCUUCCCAAACCGUACCGCCCUGUCCAUGAGAGAGAGGAUUGCAAUCGGGAGUUUUGGUUAUUGAUCCCUACGGAAAGAAAGUAACUUGUUCUUAAUAAAGAUCCGUUUGUUUGGUAAAAGGUGUAUUUUAAGAAGAAACAUGGACUGCAAAGGAAAAUCUAUACAUUGAAUAUAUUUCAUUUUUGGUUAACACUGUUUAGUGCACAAGUUGAUUUUAAAAUGAGGCAUUAAAUAAAGGGAUUUGAAAGUAAUGUUAACUUUAAUGUGUUGUAACGGCCUCUUAUGCUGAUAUUACAGGAACUAGGGGCCGGGAUGUGGCCAUUUUGGAUUUCUGUUUAGUUUUAUUUUGUAGACAGAAUGUUUUUAAUUUAGUUUGAAACCAAGUUUGUGUGAGGACAGGAGGCAGUAAAAGAUUUUUUAACUUAACUUUAACCAACAUUUUCCUGAAGGCCGUGAGUGGCACCAGGUGGCGUUUGAUAUACGCACGUCUGACUUAGAAAGAUAUGUCCUUUAUUUCCAGCAAAAAAAACACAUUUUUUAUGAAAGCUGUAACAGCAGAUUAAUUAACUUUAAUUUUUAUUUAAGCUGCAA